AUAAUAUCAGAAUUAUACAUAAUUUAAUAAAACCAAUUUGGGUUCCAAAUCUUUAAUGAAUUGAUAACUAAUUUGUAAACUUCGAUUCAUAAAAAUGGCCUCAGUAGCAACUGAAAAGUUAAGCAACAGCGUCUUAGAAUUUAAAGGAGUCCUCUCAGGAGGACACCACGGGUGGGUCACAUCCAUUUCAACUCCUCUGAAGACAGACGUUAACACGAUCAUCUCAGCAUCCAGAGACAAGAGAUUAAUGAUAUGGGAAAUGUUCGAUGAGGAUGUAGAUGGUCAAGUAGGUGUAGCAAAGAGGGCAUUAACAGGUCACUCACAGACAGUUCAGGACGUUUCAAUGUCCUCAGAUGGUCUUUUCGCCCUGUCAGGAUCAUGGGAUGGAACCCUUAGGUUGUGGGACCUAGUAAAGGCAUGCUCAGUCAGAGUAUUCAACGGACACACCAAGGAUGUCAACAGUGUAGCAUUUAGCCCUGACAACAGACAAAUCAUUUCUGGAAGCAGAGAUAAAACCAUCAAACUUUGGAACACCCUUGCCGAAUGUAAAUAUACUAUCACCAACUCAACCCAUACCGACUGGGUAUCAUGCGUCAGGUUCUCUCCAAGUGGAAAGGAACCCAUUUUUGUAUCUGGUGGGUGGGAUAAACUCAUUAAGGUUUGGGACCUAAGAACAUGUCAACUGAAGCACACAUUGUAUGGUCAUGAGGGUGUAGUAUAUUCAGUUUCAAUAUCACCAGACGGGUCACUUUGCGCAUCUGGUGGCAAAGAUGGAGUAGCAAGACUGUGGGACAUGAAGGAAGCAAACAGCCUGCACCUCCUGGAUGCAGGAUCUACAAUUAACGCAUUAUGCUUCUCACCUUGCAACUACUGGCUCUGCGCAGCAACAGAUAAGGCAAUCAAGAUCUGGGAUCUAGAAAACAAGAACAUUCUCGCAGAGAUCAAUAAUGAUAGAACGAAGAAGGUGGGACUACCAUGGUGUGUUUCCUUGUGUUGGUCCCCCGACGGCAGAGUCCUCUACGCAGGGUCAACUGACGGAAAUAUAUACGUAUACCAAGUCAGCAGGAACUACAGCUACCUUACGAAUUAAUAUCAGCUCUAAUGUCAUAUUAUUAGUUCA